AUGGUGCAGUGUCAUCCGCCGUUGGAAAUAGAAGAAUUACCAAAAGAAGACGAAGAAAGAUUAGAAAAAUUAUUUUCUAAAUUAGACAACGAUGGAAAUGGAAAGAUCGAUAUCCACGAUCUUUCCGUUGCGCUCAAGGAGUUGGCCCCACACAUAAAUCGCAGUUACGCAGAGAAAUUUCUGGCAAAGUCUGGCAAGGAUGCUGGUGAUGUAACACUUUCGGAGUUUAUACAUUAUGUGAGGGAGCAUGAGAAGAAUCUCCGGUUACAGUUCUCUCAUCUUGAUAAAAAUCAGGAUGGUAAGGUUGAUUUGGAAGAACUUAUAUCUGCGUUUGCUGAUCUUGGUAUUGCCAUCGGAAGGAAUGAAGCAACUAAUUUAUUGAAAAGGAUGGAUCAAGAUGGCAGCCUGAAUAUAAGUUAUGAUGAGUGGCGUGACUACCUCCUACUGGCCCCAGCGACAGACAUACACGCCCUCAUACACUUCUGGAGACAUUCUACUUAUCUCGACAUCGGGGAGGAUAUGAACGUACCUGAUGACUUCACUCCAACUGAACUCCAGACAGGGAAGUGGUGGCGACAUUUGUUGGCUGGCGGUAUCGCCGGGGCUGUCAGUAGGACUUGCACAGCUCCGUUAGACAGACUAAAAGUAUUUUUACAGGUAAAUCCAACAAGAGAAAAUAUGGCCAAAUGCUUAGCAAAAAUGAUCAAUGAAGGUGGCAUUGGUGGCCUCUGGAGAGGUAAUGGAAUAAAUGUCAUAAAAAUAGCUCCAGAGUCAGCAUUGAAAUUCGCUGCCUACGAGCAAGUAAAACGUCUCAUAAAAGGAGAAAAGAAUCCAUUAGAAAUAUACGAAAGGUUCCUCGCCGGAGCCUCGGCUGGAGCCAUAAGUCAAACUGUGAUUUACCCACUAGAGGUGCUAAAGACAAGAUUAGCUUUAAGAAAAACAGGCCAAUAUAGCGGUAUCGUGGAUGCGGCGAAGAAGAUAUACGCUAGAGAGGGAUUGAAGUGCUUCUACAAGGGAUACAUUCCAAAUAUCCUAGGGAUAGUGCCUUACGCUGGUAUAGAUCUCGCUGUGUACGAGACGCUUAAGAAGAAAUACAUAAAUAAAUACCAGACUAACAAUGAACAACCGGGUAUGUUACUGUUACUGGCUUGUGGAAGCACGUCUUGUACGCUGGGACAAGUGUGUUCAUACCCGUUAGCACUCGUUCGGACAAGAUUGCAAGCACAAGAGAAAGCUGCUAAAGGCGCAGAAGGUACAAUGCGAGGCGCGUUCCGAGAGAUAGUUCAGCGCGAGGGUCUACGCGGGCUGUACCGCGGCAUUACACCGAAUUUCAUCAAAGUCAUCCCAGCUGUAUCUAUCUCAUACGUUGUGUACGAGUACGCGAGCCGUUCCCUUGGUGUCAACAUGACGUGA